CGAGAUAUUCAACUUUUUGUUGUGCCGUCCCCAUGGGAGAUUUUUUUCGUUGGGCAAGACGAACACACAACAACACGCACACGUGGCGGCCCGAAAACACGAAAGACGCACGCAAGCACCAUGGGGAAGCCUCAGGGACGGUCCAAGAAGAAGACGUUCGGCCCGCGCGGAGCCGAUGGCCGAGCGGUUUCGAAGAAACCGAAGCCGACGCAGCAACAUGAUCUUCCAUCUCCAGGCGCUGGCGGUGCGCUCUCGGGUGGCCAUGAUGGCGCGAUUUUGAUGGACGUGGACGAGGAGGAAGGUACGGCGGCAGCAGACGAGGACGUCAACGACGAGGACUGGGGCGAUGAGGAUCCCAGCGGUGCACACAGCAGUGGUGGAGGUCAGUCGAUAUUGAGUUUUGCACAGCAGUCGAUGGUGUCCGCAGCACGCGCGACGGGAAACGCGGCGAAAAAAAUCCCGCCGCGUGUGCUGCCGAAGAGCCGGAGCCAACAAUACCGCAACAGGAAAAAGCUCAUCGCGCAACAAGUGACAGCUAUGGCACGAACCAUGGGAGCGUUUUUGUCGCGGGCACGGCAGCAGCAGCAGCAGCUGGAAGAGGAGGAGAGUUCCGCUGUCGGUGGCGAGGUUGGUCCAGUAGAGGAGCCAGCGGAGGGUUUAGAGGUUGCGCCGCACACGUCUCCCGGCGGCGCUGGCGGCGGCGCGUGCGAACAUGCAGAGGCCGGCAGUAACUGCGGCAGCGUCGGCGACAUGUCGAUAGAUUCGGGCCAUGGGCUUGGCAUAGAGGAGUGGUGUAGCCGUCAAGAGAUGGAGGACGCCGAAGAAGUGCUGGAGAACUACUGCGAUACCUCAUCAUCAGCCGGGAGGGGGCACAAGACCAUGAUGCCGGAGGAGGUCCGCGACAAAUCGAGUCUCGCCUCGGCACAGUUCAAGAACACCAAGAGACUACGCCGCGCCAAGAAGGCAGCGCCGGUAGAGCGGAAGACAUUGACGCCUGCGGCGCUGGCUCGGGCGAGGGGCCGAACGCUGAAGCACUGGUCGAGGCGUAAGGCAGAGCUGAUGGAAACCUACCGCAACGCCCACGACAAGCUUCAGAAGGCUGAAGAGAUGAACAAUUACGGAUCAGUGGUGGAGGAUUCGAAGACGCAGCUGGAUGAAGCACACGUGGUUCACACCACCCGUGUUGUUCGCGCCGUGAAGCAUUUCUUGCAACUCGAAGAAGUAGGCGAGGUGUCCGAGGUCGACCCGACGACAGUGCGGCGGUGGGUGAAGGAGUUUUGCAACGGCGGCUCCUUCGUUGUUCGCAAACGGCAGUACAACAAGCGGGAGGCGCACUCCUACAUCGACGACGAGGACGUCCGCUACCGCCUGAGGGAGUACAUCGACCGGAGGCUGUACCGGCGGAAGAAGGACGAGCCACGCCUUCGAAUCGCAGACGUGCAAAAGUGGAUCCAUGAAGAUCUACUGAAGGAGGAGCUUGCCGGUACGAGAGGAGUUUCUCGGAGGACCGUGCAUAAGUGGAUGCAGAAGCUCGGCUUUCGUUGGUCGAGGCACCACAAGUGCGUUUACGUGGAUGGCCACAACAGACCGGACGUCGUCACCGACCGUCGGAGCUUUGUGGCGUUGCUAAAGCGCCUGCGCCAGAAGAUGUCCAUCCCUCUCCGCGUGGAAGAAACGGUGAUGACGGCGACCAGCCGCGGUGAAGCCCGGCAGGAGGGAGCAUCGGAUGACUCGGACGUCAGCGGCGACGAGCGGGGCGGCGGGGCCAGGUCGGAGACGGGCGAUAACGAGCAUCCGACCGGGGCGGCGACGACGGGCCGGGAACCCCUCUUUUGGCCAGCAGUGCGGACGGUCGACGGCAACAAGGAGUACACGCACGUGCGCGUCUACGGGGAUGGCGAGACGACCAAGCGCGUGGAAGGUGACUGCACGCGUGUUCCGUUCGACCCGCGCGACUUGGCGGCACCCGACUCCAAGGGCGACUACCACCUGCUCCCUGAUGACGAGGUGAAGGCGUUCUACCGACCGAAGAAGGUUAAGCGUGAGGCGCUUUUCUGGCCAGCAGUGCGGACGGUCAACGGCGAGGAGGACUACACGCACGUGCGCGUCCACGACCCCCCGCACGCUCGCGGCAGGGAUUGCGUACGUGCGCAACAGCUCGAGGAGUGUCCGUGCGAGCAGAGAUCGCUCUACGGCAAGUGUUCGUGCUACCUCCGAUGCGAGUGCUACGACUGCAGCCGCGAGCCUGUGGUCGACUCCACGCAGGUCCCGUUCGAUCAGCGCGACCUCAUCGCCACCGACGGCAAGGGAGACUACCGCCUGCUGCCCGAUCACGAAGUGUUGUCGCUGCUUUUCCACGAUGAGACCACGACGAAGGAAAACGACGAUGGGGACCACCAAUGGAUUUCGGCGACGAAGGGGGCCGCCAUGAAAGUCAAGGGGCAGGGCCGCGCCGCGCACGUCUCGGAUGUGAUCGGCGUCGACCUUGGACAGCUGCAGAUCAGCGAGCAAGCGUGGGGCAUGAUGCAGGAGGACUACGAUGUCCUUGAGGGGGGCGAACGCCCCACUAGGGGGCGCUCUGGAAAGUACCUCGGCAGGACGGAGGGUGAGGGGGCAGCUGGACACAAGGUGAAGGAGGUUCAAGAGGCGGUGGAUCUGCUCAA